AUGGCGGAGCAGGAGAGCCUGGAGUUCGGGAAGGCGGACUUCGUGCUGAUGGACACCGUCUCCAUGCCCGAGUUCAUGGCCAACCUCCGGCUCAGAUUUGAAAAAGGACGCAUCUACACAUUCAUUGGAGAAGUCGUCGUCUCUGUGAAUCCCUACAAGUCGUUGAACAUCUAUGGGAGAGACACGAUCGAGCAAUACAAAGGCCGUGAGCUGUACGAGAGACCCCCGCAUCUUUUUGCCAUUGCUGAUGCUGCUUACAAGGCUAUGAAGAGGCGAUCGAAAGACACUUGCAUUGUGAUAUCAGGGGAAAGCGGAGCCGGUAAAACAGAAGCCAGUAAGUACAUCAUGCAGUACAUUGCGGCCAUCACCAACCCCAGUCAGAGAGCGGAGAUCGAAAGAGUGAAGAAUAUGUUGCUUAAGUCUAACUGUGUCCUGGAAGCUUUUGGAAAUGCCAAAACCAACCGCAAUGACAACUCAAGCAGGUUUGGAAAAUACAUGGAUAUCAACUUUGAUUUCAAGGGAGACCCAAUUGGUGGACACAUCAAUAACUACUUAUUGGAGAAGUCUCGAGUUAUUGUGCAACAGCCAGGAGAAAGAAGCUUUCAUUCUUUCUAUCAGUUGCUGCAAGGAGGUUCGGACCAGAUGCUACGUUCUCUGCAUCUCCAGAAAUCCUUGUCAGCCUACAGCUACAUCCAUGUUGGAGCCCAGCUAAAGUCGUCUAUCAAUGAUGCUGCAGAAUUCAAAGUAGUAGCCGAUGCCAUGAAAGUAAUUGGCUUCAAACCCGAGGAGAUUCAAACAGCGUAUAAAAUCUUGGCUACUAUUCUUCACUUGGGAAAUUUAAAGUUUGUAGUGGAUGGUGACACCACUCUGAUUGAAGACGGCAAGCUUGUAUCUGUCAUCGCAGAAUUGCUGUCCACCAAGACGGACAUGGUGGAGAAAGCCCUCCUCUACCGGACGGUGGCCACGGGCCGUGACAUCAUCGACAAGCAGCACAGUGAACAGGAAGCCAGCUACGGGAGGGACGCCUUCGCCAAGGCCAUAUACGAGCGCCUUUUCUGUUGGAUUGUUUCCCGCAUCAAUGAUAUUAUUGAGGUCAAGAACUCAGACACCACCAUCCAUGGGAAGAACACUGUUAUUGGUGUCUUGGAUAUCUAUGGCUUUGAAAUCUUCGACAACAACAGCUUUGAGCAAUUCUGCAUCAAUUACUGCAACGAGAAGCUCCAGCAGCUGUUUAUUCAGCUGGUCCUGAAGCAAGAACAGGAGGAGUACCAGCGGGAAGGAAUCCCCUGGAAGCACAUUGAUUACUUCAACAAUCAGAUCAUCGUGGACCUGGUGGAGCAGCAGCACAAGGGGAUCAUUGCCAUCCUCGAUGAUGCCUGCAUGAACGUCGGCAAAGUCACCGAUGAGAUGUUCCUAGAAGCACUUAACAGUAAACUGGGCAAACACGGUCAUUUUUCCAGCCGCAAGCUCUGCGCCUCAGACAAGAUCCUGGAGUUUGAUCGAGAUUUUCGAAUUCGACAUUAUGCAGGGGAUGUGGUGUAUUCUGUCGUUGGUUUUAUUGACAAAAACAAAGACACUUUAUUUCAAGAUUUCAAGCGCCUCAUGUAUAACAGUUCAAAUCCUGUGCUGAAGAAUAUGUGGCCUGAAGGCAAGCUGAGCAUUACAGAGGUGACCAAGAGACCGCUGACCGCUGCCACCUUAUUUAAGAAUUCUAUGAUUGCUCUGGUAGACAACCUUGCAUCAAAGGAACCAUAUUACGUACGUUGCAUCAAACCCAACGACAUGAAAUCCCCACAGAUCUUUGAUGAUGAACGCUGCCGGCAUCAAGUAGAAUAUCUUGGACUCCUAGAAAACGUGAGGGUGCGUCGGGCAGGCUUUGCCUUCCGCCAGACCUACGAGAAGUUUCUUCACAGGUACAAAAUGAUCUCUGAAUUCACCUGGCCCAACCAUGACCUCCCCUCAGACAAAGAAGCUGUCAAGAAACUGGUCGAAUAUUGUGGCUUUCAGGACGAUGUGGCUUUUGGGAAGACCAAAAUUUUCAUUCGAACACCCCGAACAUUGUUUACCUUGGAAGAGCUCCGUGCUCAGAUGCUUGUCAGGAUUGUCCUCUUUCUACAAAAGGUGUGGCGGGGCACCCUGGCCCGCAUGCGGUACAAGAGGACCAAAGCAGCACUGACAAUUAUCAGAUACUACCGUCGUUACAAAGUCAAGUCCUACAUCCACGAGGUGGCCAGACGCUUCCAUGGCAUCAAGACCAUGAGGGACUAUGGCAAGCACGUGCAGUGGCCAACCCCGCCUAAAGUUCUUCACCGUUUCGAGGAGGUCCUACAGGCCAUUUUUAAUAGAUGGAGAGCAUCCCAACUUAUCAAGACCAUACCUGCUUCAGACCUGCCUCAAGUUAGGGCAAAGGUUGCAGCCGUGGAAAUGUUGAAGGGUCAACGGGCUGACCUUGGGCUCCAGAGAGCCUGGGAAGGCAACUAUCUUGCUUCGAAACCAGAUACACCUCAGACCUCAGGCACAUUCGUCCCCGUUGCGAAUGAACUGAAACGGAAGGACAAAUACAUGAACGUCCUCUUUUCCUGUCAUGUCCGUAAGGUGAAUCGAUUUAGUAAGGUGGAAGAUCGAGCAAUUUUUGUCACUGACCGUCACCUGUAUAAAAUGGAUCCCACUAAGCAGUACAAGGUGAUGAAGACUAUCCCUCUAUACAAUUUGACCGGUCUAAGCGUCUCCAAUGGAAAGGACCAACUUGUAGUGUUCCAUACAAAAGACAACAAAGACUUAAUUGUCUGCCUCUUCAGCAAACAGCCAACCCACGAGAGUCGAAUUGGAGAACUGGUUGGAGUCCUGGUGAAUCAUUUCAAGAGUGAGAAGCGCCACCUGCAAGUCAACGUCACCAACCCCGUCCAGUGCAGCCUGCACGGGAAGAAGUGCACGGUCUCCGUGGAGACACGGCUCAACCAGCCGCAGCCUGACUUCACCAAGAAUCGCUCGGGCUUCAUCCUCAGUGUGCCCGGCAAUUGA